GGAGUUACUGCCAAAGAAAUUUUGACUGAGAGAUUCUGGAGUUGUUCUGGAUGAGAGCGAUGAUGGCAGUUAUGAGGGGUUGCCGAGGGCUUCCACCUCUGUGAGUACGAUGAAUUUGGAGAGUGAUGGAGAAGCAUUGGUCCCGCCUAGCUUUGGUCCUAGCGCUGGGUCUGGGUGGCCCAAUGUUGGGAUCUACAACCUAGAUGAAGAUGAGAAUGGUCAUUUUGGAGCAUUGGGAGGGGAGAGGAGUGUGGAUGCUUUCAUCAUGUGUACCCUUACCGCUGGCGCAAAAUUGUCAAAGGGCGAGGCGGCCAAACGACCUCCGGGUACACCUGUCAAGAGGGUCAAAAUGUCUCAUAUCAUCGACAGGCUGUGGCAGAGUGCGGUCGCCUCCAAGAUCAGGUUUCCCGACUUUGACGACCCGCACGGUGCUGGAGUUAAGGCAGCAAAGAAAGAAAAGCUGAGAAAGAGUCUUCCUGCGGCUUUCCCUGUCACGAUGAAACCCGCAAGGACUGAGCAUCAGCGGCGAGAUGCAUUGAACUUCAGUUCGACUGGUCUCAAUAUGGAAGUGGAUGCGGAUGGAGACGAUGAGAAGGCGAGUCUGACUAUGGGACGGGAUGCGAGAUAUGAAGGCUUGGGCUUAGGCAGACCUGCAGUCCAUCCUAUGGCACAUCCUGGUACGGAUGUGAAAGGCCGGACGUCCUGGCUCAUGCGUAGGAGCAGCAGUGGCGCUUUCUCUAGCGGAAGCGAGACUUCUACAGCUGCCACGCCGACUAGGUUGACAUACAAAGGCAAGAAUUGGACAUCAAAGUUGCCUAUGCUAUCAGCUGGAAGUGCUUCCACUUCAACCUCGACCUCGGCUACAGAGUCUCCUACGGCAGAUGCAAUGACACGACAUCUUCCUGGUGUGCCACCAAAGAAGGGCACCUUUGCCAUUCCCGCUCAACCUCAAUCAUCUAAUCCAUUCAGCCCAUUCCUGCGCAUGCAUUGUUCUAUGGCAUUUGGUGAAGAGCAAUUGGGGAGACUCGAGCGCGACUUCAUGGAGAUUGAUAAACUAGGGAGGGGCAAAUUCGGCCGGGUGAAGGUGAGGUGUAAGCAAGGUUCGCAGAAGGUAUUUGCUGUGAAGAAGUCUAAGCUUGUUGAGUUGAUCAAACAUAUGAUGCGGAGCGAUCCUGCACCACGUAUUGAAGCUGGGCUCAUUGCUGCUCAUCCUAUCGUGAUAAGGCCCAGAGCAAACACCACCCAGUUGUGCUCACGGACAUGCCACAACAAGCACAAAUCAAUGUACGGUGUCGCGUCAGUCUCUUCCUUUCGUACCGCCAUCAAUUCCGGCUCCGUCAACCCUUUCAGCUACUUCCUAAGCAGACCGCCUUCAGAGGACAUGUCAAUGUCAAUGUCGAUGACACAAUUUACUUUCCCAUCCACUUCUCCUUCACAGCUGAACUGUCUCCUCUUCGGGAUGUCGGUGGACCCUUCCCACCUUCCUGAUGCAACUGCUUCUAUUGACGAGCCUUCUGACCAUGAAUCUGAGCUGGGUUCUGAAGAUGAGCUUGCCAAUAUAAUGCAGAACAUGAGGAUCCUCGUGCAAGGUCCUGAUGGCACCUCUGUCGAAGCCCAAGCUGAGUAUAUCAAGAACCUUCAGAUCACCCUCAGAAAUUCAGUUGACGCACUGCAUGCACUCCAUGCAGAAGUUGCGGUACUUCGGCAGAAUCAGCAUUGUUGGCGUCGUCGGCAAGAUCAAACUGACGGUGCACCAGUCCUCGAAUGUGUUGAUCAACGCAUCUCGCGACUUGGAAAACAAUUUGGUGUAUUCUACGAGCUUUGGAUCAACCCAUCUGUCUUUCUCAAGCCACGACCGGCACAGCAGAGCAUACUGGAAUGCUAUUCCAAUUCAAAUGCCAAAGAUCGAGGCAUCACUCUCGAGCUAUAUGAGUUUCUUCCUGAAGAAUUUCUCGAGCUGCUUGAGAAGCAACCACACUUCGGACAAAAGUUUCUUUCUGCGCUGAACCAUGGGCAUGCCAUGCACCUUAAUACACUGCGAGACAAGGCAUGUUCUGUAAUCUUCAAUGAGCCAGCUAUUCUGUUCAAGAGCAAUACAAACUGCACAACUGUCCCGCGAUUUCAAGAGCUUCUUGGAAUGAAACUGCCGACAAACCGUACACCUUAUCCAACAUAUGUUCAUUUUGCCCCCAUUCUCUAUGAAAUUCUGGGCGACAACACUACACUCUUUCGUAGCGAGUUUCUGGUCAAGAUCCUGAAGGUUGUUCUCUUUGGGCCAAGCGCUCUCACGAACCUGAAAGCAGCAAAGCCCCAAACAAAUGGUCAGCUCUGGGAAGUUGAUUCAGUCACGCCGGGGGCUAUUGCAUUUGCUGCAAUAAUGGCUCGUUUCUUAAUUUCACCUGACCAUGAGAUGUCAGAGGUUGGCGGCACUUCUCGCAUUCCUUGGCGUGAGGAUUUUGAUGAAUAUAGGGCAUUAAUUGGUACAUUGCUGGAGGACAAUAAUCGUCACAUGCACGAGAUGAUAAGAUUUUUCAAUAGGGGCAUCUUCGGGGACACGUCGACAGAUACAUCAGCAAGAGCUAGUUACGACACUGCUUCUCGCCAAGAAUUCAAUGAUAUUCUUCGUGCACUCAGGGAAGGACCAAAUCCCUCCGAGCCUGUGGCUGCAAUAGUCACUGAUCACUUCGACCAAUCUGUUAAGGUUGAUAUCAUCUCCACGGGCAGCGCAAAUGCUCUUGCCAAUACUGAUAUUGCUGCGGAAGAAGUUCACGCAGUUGACUCUGAAGCCAUUGCCAUCACUGACGGAAGCUUCAAUACUGCAAUUCCAUCAUCUUCAUCCCAUUUGCACAAAGACGCGCCUAACAUGAUGGUACAACAAGUCUCCACUAAUGCAUCGAACAUCAACAUACCCCAUCCGCGCCGAACUGCUCGCUCUAAAUCAAAUGCUGUUGGAGAUGGUGUUCCUCAUGUAGAAACCUCCCGUGGUCGAGGUCGAGGUGGCGGCAGGAAGCCAUCCAGGAGUGGAAAGUGAUUAUGAUUCAUACUGAUGGCUCUAUGUUUAGACAGUUUGUAGUUCAUCUUCGAGACUUCGAUACAAUUACUUUCUUUUGAGUUGUUGGGAGUGAGGGUCCAAAGAAUCGCACAAUCUGAUAUACAUUUCAAGUAUCUAUAAAUCAAUAUGCCAAAA